UUGCUGACCUACAGUAUGUAAAUAAACGCAAAAUACAGUAUACGACUUCUGCGACUGUUGCACAAAUCUGUCCGCGCUCUUAUUCACCCGCUGCACACAAGCAUAGCUGAGAAGUGACGACAAGAUAAUGAUAAUUUCAGCGCCCAUCUGCAGAGUUCUCAUGGUGGUGCUGGGCUGCGCGUUCCCAGCCUACAUGACCCAUAAAGCAGUCAGCUCCGGCAACACACAGCAGCUACGGCACUGGUGCAUAUACUGGCUGCUGAUGGGGUUCUUCAUGUGCGUGGAGUGGCUGGCAGACCUGAGCAUUUUCUGGCUGCCGCUGUACUACGAGGCCAAGCUGUUGUUCGUGGUGGCUCUGUGGCACCCGCGCACACACGCCGCCAUCACCCUGUACGACACCUACAUUCUGCCGCUACUACGCCAGCACGAGGCAACCAUCGACCGGCAUCUAUCAGAGACGCGCGCACGGCUAGCGGACGCGGUGACAAGCCAAGUAAAUGCGGCCCAAGGCUACGUCAACAACAAUGCCGGCGCGAUACUGCAGGGGCUCCGCACCUUUAGCGAGCAGAAACCGGGAGCAGCGCCCGGGUCCUUCUCCGGCCAGUUCACGGAUUUGAACCAUGCCAAGUCGCAAUAAGGAAUUCUUUCCUCUGUUUGAAGCAUGUUUUUAAGGAUAUCAAUUGCAAUCAUGAGUUUGUUGUAAAAGAGCCCACAC